AUGACCAUCGACGCAAUGGAUCUCGACACUUCACCCAGACCUGCUGAGGUCGAGCGCAAACGCAAGCACAAGACCAAAGACGCCUCACCGUCAAAAAAGCGCAAGCAGCCUCUGCCGAACGGCACCGAGACUUCUCAAGGCAAAAAAAGCAGCACCUCCACCAGCGCAGGCGCAAAGUCUGCCGACGGCUCCGGAUCCCCAUUCUCCCUCACUACGGCCACCCUGUACCUGCCGCUGGCGCCCAUCUCCAUCUCGUCGACCGUCGCGCUUCAAUCACUGCUCGCUGAGCAUCUGUCCCCACUACUUCUUACCUAUUACCCACCCUUGAAGGGUGUUGUCCUGGCCUACAGCCAUGCCUCUAUCUCCGCCACGCCUCCAUCGUCUAGAUCCCGCAACGGCUCCUCCGAUCCCAACCCUCAGCCGCUCACCCUGGCCCGCAGCGCGGACGAAUACGGCGUCUUGUACGUCUACCUGACCGCCACAUUCCUGAUUUUCCGGCCCCAGCGCGGUCAAACGCUUGAAGGAUGGGUCAAUGUGCAAUCGGAGGGCUUUAUGGGCGCUGUCGUCUUCAACUUGUUCUCUGUGGGCAUCGAGCGCAAGCGACUCCCGACAUCGUGGACCUGGGUUCCUCCGGGUGAGGAUGAUGAGAUGCCCGAGAAUACUCACAAAGAUCUUACUACCGACGACGAGUCUGGCGUCAGUGGAGUGCCUCCCAGUUUCGAUGCCGCGAAGGAACUUUUCCAGCCUGCCGCGAAGGCGAUUGACGAGGUGGACAUUGACGGUGAGGCGGAAGAAGAGGAGGCGGCCAGUGGUCACUUCCAGUCUGUCUCGGGCCACAAAGUGCGCGGUACCAUCAAAUUCCGUGUGGUUGACAUUGAUGUGAUUCCCGGGUCGGAUCGGGACCGCGGCUUCCUGAGCAUCGAGGGUACCAUGUUGACUGACGAGGAAGAGCAAGCGCUUCUGGCGGCAGAGCGACAGGGCCAUGCGCUGCCUCCAUCCUUCUUGGCCUCGCCUCAUAAGAGGAAUGCGCGGAUCAUUCCUAUCUCGAGCUCUCCAGCGGCAGACUCCGUGGUGGAUGUCUCCGUGGUAGAGAUCGAAGAGCCUACUGGGCAGGAGGAGGAUGAGACCGAGCCCGCCGAGAAGAAGACCAAGGAGAAGAAGGAAAAGAAAGAAAAGAAGGACAAGUCCAAGUCGAAGGACAAGACGGAGAAGAAGGAAAAGAAGGAGAAAAAGGAGAAGAGCAAGAAAUAG